AUGUAAAAUCCAAUAUAUUAAUAAGAGCUUAAAAAUAAAUCAUUUGAUAUUGAAGAAAUGUCAAAUUUGAUAUAUGAAGGAAAAGAAAAUCUCGAGUAAUUUAAAAAAUACUAAGAAACAAUAGCAAAUGACCCUAUUUUAAGAUAUGAUCCUUAAAUGCUUGAAAUAUCCAGAAAAGAUCAUAUGAAGAUUUAUUGCUAGAAAACUUACAGAUAUCAUUAACUAUUUAACUUAUCUGAUAACCCUAAUAAUAAAUAUUAAAUGUUAGUAUUUGACGAUCCUCUUUAAGGUUCAAAUCAUUAAACAAUGUUUAUUCCAUGUUUAAAACAGUUGGCGAGUGAUGAAUAAUAAAAAAAAUGGCUAAAUGAUGUACUUACAUUAAAAAUUAUAGGAUGUUAUGCAUAAACAGAAUUAGCUCAUGGUUCUGAUAUUCAAAAUUUAUAAACAACCGCUACUUUUGAUAAAUAGACUGAUGAAUUUAUCCUUAACACUCCUAGUAUAGAAGCCACAAAAUGGUGGGUUGGUGAACUUGGAAAAAUUGCUAAUCAUACUAUUUUGUAUGCAUAAUUAAUUAUUGAUGGAAAUAAAUAUGGAAUAUAACCUUUUAUGGUUUAAAUAAGAGAUCUAGAAACCCAUUUACCUCUUGAUGGGAUAGAAUUAGGAGAUAUAGGUCCUAAAUAUGGUUAUAGUUCUAAAGAUAAUGGAUACAUGAUAUUAAAAAAUGUUAGAAUUCCAAGAUUUAAUAUGCUAAGUAGAUACGCAAGAGUAGAAUAAGAUGGUAAAUUUAGUCCUGCUGGAGAUCCAAGAAUAGUAUAUGCAACAAUGAUGUUCGUCCGAGCAGGUUUAAUUUUCUAAUCAUACUUUUUUUUGGCGGCUUAAUUAGUUAUAGCAACCCGAUAUUCUACUAUAAGGUAAUAAUUUAAGGACGAAAAUGGAAACGAGUAAACUAUUUUAGACUAUUAAACCUAAUAAGAGAAAUUAAUUCCUUAUAUAGCUGAAUUAUAUACUACAUGUUUUAGCUUUAGAAAAACUUUUAAUAUGUAUUAGACAAAUUUGGAAAAAUGCCAAUAAUAAGACUUUUCAAUGUUAAAAGAUUUACAUGCUUUAUUAAGUGGUCAUAAAGCCGUUUCUACUUAGACUACUUUAUUUGGAAUGGAAAAAAUAAGAUAGUCUUGUGGAGGACAUGGGUUUAGUACUUAUAGUGGAAUGGUGGAAAGAUUAAAAGUUUAUUAUCCUUAUAGCACUUUCGAAGGAGAAAAUACUAUAAUGUUAUUAUAAACAGCUAGAUUUUUAAUAAAGGUUGCCUAAAAUUAACAAAAAAUAACCCCUUAAUGCGAAUAUUUACAAAAUUAUGAGGAAUUUCUAGGAAAUGCGAAGUGUGAGUUGAAUUCUAUGCGUGAGUUUUUAGUUUUGGAGUAAUUAAGGAAACUUUUAAGGUUCAAUGUGUGCUUUAAGGUUGUUAAUGCCACUAAGAAAUUAAACCAUAGUAUUAUUUAGUAUGGAAUUAACAAAUAGGAAGCCUGGGAUAAUAAAAAUAAUGCGUAUAUGUGUGAAGCUGCUACUUCUCAUAUUCAUUAUUGGAUGUUUAAUGGCUUUUAUGAGUAAAUAGUCAAAAUUCAUAGCGAAAAAACGAAAAAUGUUCUUUCUAAAUUAUGCGCUCUAUUUGCUCUUUCGAAAAUUGUGGAAAAUCCAACUGCUUUGUAUUAAGGAAAUUAUAUAAAUGGAGAAUAAAUGAAACUUAUUAGGGAGGCUAGGGAAAUCUUACUUUAAGAAUUAAGAUUUGAAGUUUUGGCUUUAAUGGAAGCUUGGUAAUUUAAUGAUAAUACAUUAAAAAGCGCUAUUGGAAGUAGUAAAGGAAUGGUGUAUGAAGAUUUACUUAAUUUAGCAUAGAAUAAUAAUCCUGUUAAUUUUGAAUAGAAUAGAAAUGAGAUACAUAGAUAAAUAGAAAGUAUUAUGGGAGUUAUUAAUCCACCUAAAUUAGAUAAAUAAUAAUUAGAAAAGAUCAUCCACGUCUACGAAUAGCUCUAUAUUUUCUUUCUUCUUCUUUUUGUUUUUUACGAAUAUCGUCAGAUCCCUGGCAAUUCUUUGGGCGAACUCUUCAUUUAAACCUAAUUCAGAACAUACACUAUAGGCAAAUUAUUCAGGAGAAUUUGA